GGUUAGAGUUCAACCCGCCCGCCUUCUGGAGGCAGGAGAAACAAGAUGGCAGAUCAACAAGACAAACGGGACUUGUCUUAGUUAAUCUAACUUUUCCCACUGUUGAUUUCUACACAUUAAAAAUAUAUACAAUUAGCUAGACAAAGCAAUCUAGCUCCCACGCCUUUUUAUGGUUGAUAUAUCAGCUACUUAAAGUGAGAUUUCACAGAUUAGCUGAUUGCUAACUGCCGUUAGACAGCUAAGCUAGGCUAGGCUAGCCUGUUUCUAUCUGGUCGGACUGGGGUUAGACUGCUAAACUAGGCUAGGCUAGCCUGUUUCUAUCUGGUCGGACUGGGGUUAGACUGCUAAGCUAGGCUAGGCUAGCCUGUUUCUAUCUGGUCGGACUGGGGUUAGACUGCUAAGCUAGGCUAGGCUAAGCUAGCCUGUUUCUGUCUGGUCGGACAGGGGUUAGACUGCUAAGCUAGGCUAGGCUAAGCUAGCUUGUUUCUGUCUGGUCGGAGCGUAGUGAGACCUGCCAUCAUGCAGGACCUGAUAGCCACCGUGGACCACAUCAAGUUUGAUCUAGAGAUGGCUGUGGAGCAGCAGCUGGGGGCUCAGCCUCUCCCUUUCCCCGGGAUGGACAAGUCCGGGGCUGCUGUGUGUGAGUUCUUCAUGAGAGCAGCCUGUCUCAAAGGUGGGAUGUGUCCGUUCCGUCACAUCAGUGGGGAGAAGACUGUGGUGUGUAAACACUGGCUCAGAGGACUCUGUAAGAAGGGAGACCAGUGUGAGUUUCUACACGAGUACGACAUGACCAAGAUGCCUGAGUGUUACUUCUACUCCAAGUUCAGAGAGUGCAGUAAUAAAGAGUGCCCCUUCCUCCACAUCGACCCAGAGUCUAAGAUCAAAGACUGUCCCUGGUAUGACAGAGGCUUCUGCAAACAUGGUCCAGACUGUAGACACCGCCACACCAGAAGAGUAAUCUGUAUGAACUACCUGGUUGGGUUCUGUCCAGAGGGCCGGUCCUGUAAAUUCAUGCACCCGCGGUUUGAGCUGCCGAUGGGGGCCACGGAACAGCCUCCUCUACCAGCACAGAUACUGGGUCACCAGAAGCCGUUGCCUUCGCUUGGCCGCUCGUCCCUGUCACUCAUCCAGCUGACCAAUCCUGGGGGAGGUGCAGGUCCUCACCAGCAUCAACACCAUCAACGCCAGCCGUACUCCUCUGGUCCCAGCAUGCAUCAGCACCACAACAACAUGGGAGGAGGGAACAGGGGUCCACGCCCACUAGACCAGGUCACCUGCUACAAGUGUGGUGAGAAGGGCCACUAUGCCAAUAAAUGCACCAAAGGACACCUGGCCUUCCUCAGUGGACAGUAACUCUCUCACAACCCCGUGGUUGGACUCAGCUGGAAGGCAAUGGAGAGCAGAGCACAACGUCUGUAGAUUGAGAUGCUAUUUUGAAAACUUCCAAGUCCUUCGCUGAGUCGUCAGGAACCCUGGACCUCUGGACAGACAGACCUGUUUCUAGAUUGGACAGACAGACCUGUUUCUAGAUCGGACAGACAGACCUGUUUCUAGAUUGGACAGACAGACCUGUUUCUAGAUUGGACAGACAGACCUGUUUCUAGAUUGGACAGACAGACCUGUUUCUAGAUUGGACAGACAGACCUGUUUCUAGAUUGGACAGACAGACCUGUUUCUAGAUUGGACAGACAGACCUGUUUCUAGAUUGGACAGACAGACCUGUUUCUAGAUUGGACAGACAGACCUGUUUCUAGAUCGGACAGACAGACCUGUUUCUAGAUCGGACAGACAGACCUGUUUCUAGAUCGGACAGACAGACCUGUUUCUAGAUCGGACAGACAGACCUGUUUCUAGA